AUGUCGUACGAUUCUGGACGUAUGCCGCCGAAGGCAUCGUCUGCAGAAUCAUCACAUCCGCCGUCCAACUCUGGCAUUCCUAACGCAUCUCGAUUCCAAAGAUCUUUACUGGCAAGGCCAGUCAAUCCUCGAAGCCGCGCAUUAUCUUUCUCCAGUGCGGAAGGAACUAGGCAAAUCCCUGCACCGGUACAGCCUAACAACCGUUCUAAACGACUAUCACUGCUACCGCGGCCCAGCACGGGCGGUCUGACAUUUCCAAGCCCUCCAUCAUCGACGCCAUCGCCCCAAACCCCAAUUCAGCCUAUUCCAUCCUCUGUAUCCACUCCAGACAUUACAAGCCCGUCUGCAUUUCUUCCACCUGUGCCCAUUUACCAGGCACAAACGCCACCGACUAAAAGGAUCCGAAAUGUCCUGCGCAGAAAGGCGCCAGUGAUAGGAAAGCAUGUGGAGCAGAAUCAAUCCCAAAAGCUCAGCCUGGUGAUUCCGCAAGGAAGCCAGCCUAACGAGAUGAAGGACCCUAGGUUACGUUCCACCCCAGAUGCAUACUUUGCUGGACCCUCGGCAUCGGCGUCUUCGCAGAGUUCCAGUGACAAGACGCCCAAAAGUGCCAUGGAAAUUCCCAAGAGUGGACCAGCAGAACUGGCUAGCCUUCGUACAGUCAACACUCAGAACCUUCCCCCCAUGCAUUCAUUUCCAUCCGCAAGCAGCCCCUCAACAAGAUACUCCGAGUCCCCGGGCAUGUGGAGUCGCGGUUCGACACCGACCUCAUUAUCCUCAUACUCUCCGGGGCUUAUGCACACAAGCAAAGUUGGACGUUUAAGACAGCCCAGCCCAUCCCACACUAGACUGCCAUUGUUCUCGCCGUCAUCCUCUAAUGCAAGUCCUCAAAGUGCACAAAGUGAUCGACGAGAGCCCAAAACACAUCGAACAGCACUUCCUCAACGGUCUCUAGGCCCAAGUCCAGUGGCAUCCACCGCACAGAAACAAAUGCCUAAGCCUGUUCCUACAAAGACCCCAGGUCCUCCCCACAGCCCACCGCCAAGAAAAUCGUCCGUGAACUUUAGUCCGAAGGACUCUCCGCCCAAGGACUCUGAUAUCGACGUGGAGAAGGCCAGAAAGGAAGUUGAGGAAGCCGAACGAGAACUGUUCAACGCGCAUAAAAGAAGGAUUGUCAAUGUCGCCAGUCCCGAGGCUAGUGUGCCAAAGACACCACCACGACCAAGCAGAGAUGGCACUCAUUGUUUAAAUCUGGAGACCUCACCAGUGAUACAAAGCAAUUUACAAUACCUCAAGACAACGGGUCACAAGAGACGCGAAUCUAUGGAAAGAGCUCUUACCGCGGCUCAGCCGUUCCCAACUGCAAAUUCAUCUGCUGCUACUUCGGUGGACUCUUUCCGAUCGAAGGACAUAUCUCGAAUUCCAUCGCGCGACACAGGGCCCCCGGUGAUGGCUCGUAAGUCACCUAAGUUGGUCAAGGAUCCUCCCAAAGCACCUACCAAGGAGAAUACCGAGCCGAAAAAGCCCGUCACAACCAAGCGAUUUGGCAUUUUCCCCAAGAAGUCUAAACCAGAAAUGGAAAGCAACACUGGUGAACACAAUCGACCACCAGGACGCAAGGGUCCAGUAGCAGGAACUGGUCACGAAGGAUACGGGAAAUACAGCCAGCGCGGGAGGAAAGCGAGUGCAAGCAGUAGCACUGGUGUCAGGACGCGAUCAACGAGUACAACCCGAAGCGCAUCGCAAUCAAUUGCUAGCAGCAAGGGAAGUAUGUCAAGUCGCCCGGAUCUGGAACUCGAUGAUUUCCUCUCAAGUCGUCUUGAGCCUGUGAUAAUUAGCGGUGGCGGCUUGACUCUUUCGCGGACCCAAAGCGAACAGAGCAUGAGCAGCCUUAGUGUUGCAUCAUCAAGCCUGCAUCGUCCGACCCCUCUCACAGUAUCUACUGUUCAAUCCACCGAUUCUUUGGUGACAACAUCGACAGAUAUUCUAAAUGAGGUGAAGCUGCCUACUGCAUCGAGCACUACCUUGGCAUCGACUCGGAGCCAGAGUUCAGAAAGGAAAUCAGAGUCUGUCGAACGUCCCCAGCCGUCGAAGUCACGUAUGCCAGUACCCAAAGGAAAGAAGCAUGGGAUAUAUGGAUACUCAGAAGCGGCCCAGACUCAAACAUCUCUCUCGAGUGCUGUAUCAACAACUGUUCCUGUCCAGAUUCCCAAGAGCACUGCCGGCUCAUACAACCAGCAGCAACCAGCAGCAACGAAAGGGGGCCAAGAAGUUAAUAAGAAAGGGAAAAACUCUCGGUGGAAUCUAUUCCAAAGAAACCGCCCUGAGCCGCCUAAAGUCCCUGCUCCUGAGCCCGCCCCCGCUUCUCACACUGCCCAGCUUCAUGCAGCGAUCUCACCAGUCGUGAAAACUCGACCUGUUGCCCACUAUGCACUAGUGGAUGCCGAUUCUGACGAGCUUGACGACAUAAUCAAUAACAUCGAGCACUCUCCACCUACAGAAGAGGAGAUUUUUGUACCAGCGGUAGAGAUACCAGCAAGCCUGAAUAUCAGGAAAAGACAGCCAUCCGUCUUACUACCUUCCCCACCGAAAUUGCAUGGCGAGUUUGAGAAAGAUGGACGUUCUUCUCCAAAGACUGCAAUGUUCAACCGCAAUAUGAUGGAUCUGGAUCCUGAAAGUAGCCCUGAAGAGCGCCGACCUAGACGACUCGCUUCUGUGGGUCGCAUUCCGAAAGUUGUUUCUCGGCGCGAUAGACAACACACUCCGGCGACGCAAUCUUUUUCUCGACCAUUCAGCGUCGCUGAAUCACCGCCUUCAGUCCCAGCUCACAAACAAUUAGGCCCACAUGAUUACCCGGGCCUCACCAAUUCUCCUUGGAAGCCACAGGUGGAUAUUCCGGGUAGCCAGCCGUCUGACUGGGGUUAUAACUACACCCAGGGUUUUAGUGCGCCUGCGACGAUUAGCGCCUUGAAUUUCCUUGCUGGUCCUUAUUCGGCUCACGAAUUUAUCCAAUUCUCACCGCAAAAGGGCUCUCCAUCGUCGAGCAGCCCUUUGGCAGCGGUGACGGCUGUUGUUCCCAAGCCAGAAACAGCUCCUAUGGAGGAUGAGAUCUGGAAGGAGUACGAUGAUUUGAUCGAUGUCCUUUCCCCAGAGGAACCGAAGCCAGCUGAAUCUGAUGAAGGAGAGAAUGAUGAGAGAUUUCAGUUUGCAACCAUGGCGAGCAGGGCUCUCCAGGACGAAUUGAACAAUCCAAAUUCUCUUCGUCCCAUGCCAUCUGCAUCCGGUGAAGCAUCAAUUCGCUCCAGUAGCGACUCAGUUCGCCUGCGUCGGUCUAGGAUUGUGUCUGCUUUGCAUUCUUCCCUCUCUCCAUCAACCCAACCUUCUUACAGUAACCUCAUCGCCAGCUACGGAGAUGAUGAGGAGCCGAGGAGCCCAGAAGUUCCUGUGCAUUCUCCCAAAGACAAAUUCCAAGAGCAGCAAUCGACUUUCCUUCAGUCUCUGGCCGCAGCUCCCAGUCCUGAACCAAAGUCACGCAGUGACCGGAAGUCUAUGCUAGGCUCAUCAGAGCGAGCUUGGGAUGCAGUAACUCGUACUAAUAUGCGGUCUGCUUCUUUGAUGACCAGCCGUUGGCUGUCAUUCGGGCGUGUCCUCUUCAGCCCUGCACACAACCACGUCAAGACUGGAACCCAUGGACGGAUUCUUGUAAUUGAUGGACUCGGGAAUGACGAUUGGUCUUUUUAUUGCUCAUUGACCUACCCCGGUGCCGAGGUAUACAGCUUGAGCGGUCGACCGGUUUCCACAGCGAUGCCCCAUCCUGCUGCAUGGCAGCCUCCUACCAACCACCACACCGUCUAUCACGCCGGCCUGCAAAACCCGUUGCCGUUUCCCAAAGACUAUUUUGCCGCCACAGUUCUGCGAUUCCCUGCAGCCAGCCCCGAGGCGAUACAGAAUAACAUUAUUCAGGAGUGUAAACGGGUUCUCCGCUCCGGCGGUUACCUGGAAAUGAGUCUCCUGGACCGCGACAUGGUCAACAUGGGCCCUCGCACCCGCAAAGCCGUCCGCCGACUCAAGGAAAUGACCUGCCUCGCAAACCCAGCCAUUAGCCUCAAGCCUAGCAGCGAUAAUGUCCAGCGUCUGCUUGGCACCCAGGGCUUUGACAAUCUCCGCCGGUGUAUGGUGCGAAUCCCAGUAGCAGGCAUGGUCGUUCGAUCCUCCGGCUCGACUACCUCUUCAUCGAACAAAUCCUUCUUGGCAACAGCAACGACCUCGUCAACCGGAUUCUCUCUUCCGGCUAUAUCGGUCACUGGAACGACUGGUAGUCAGAGCACCCGAACGGCUUCCAAGUCGUCUCCUUCUGAUGACACCAGUAUCUCCCUAGGAGACCUUCUUUCAGAUCCAUCACCCUCCGCCGCUAAUGACGAGUCCAUCGCUAAGAUUGUGGCACGUGUUGGUCGGUGGUGGUAUACGAAGUGUUACGAGGAUCCUGUGCUCCCCGACACCGGAGACAACGAUCCCAGCAUGUGGAACGACCGCAAGGUUCUGCGCGAAUCUCAGCAACGUGGAACUGGUUUCCGUAUGUUGAUUGCGUAUGCACAGAAACCGAGUGAGGUUAAGAGACGCACUGCCAGCGUCUAA